UAUGAUCUUUUGCCAAUUGUUUUCUGACACGUCACCAUUUUCCCGCUCAAACUCAAAUAAUCCCAAUAUAAAAACUCGCAGUUGUGAAAUUAUUUUAUAUUCAUAACGAACCCAGCAGCUCUGCUCUCAUCUCUCUCUCUCUCUCCUCUCUCUCUCUCUCACACACACACACCUUUCCGGAGUCACUGCAUUUUGAUUGCCCCCAAAAUUUCGAAACCUCAAUAUUAGGUCGUCGGAAAUUUGUAGCCGUUGAUAUUUGCUGAAGAUUCUCUGCUCGCUAUCGUCGAUUGACUCUCUCUCUCCUCCCCCCUUUUCUUCCUCUCACUGCAUUUUGAAUUUCACCGCCUCAAUCGGAGUAAAAUUCAGGUUCACGGCGGAGUUGAUUGACGGCGUGCGCGGCUGUCUGUGCGAGAAACAAAAGGCCGCAAACGUUACGAAUUGAUUGCAAGGUGACGGACCGAACAUUAACGGGAGAAGGAUAUUCUGUUCGACUGCAUGAAGGAAAAUCUGCUGCUGAUUUUGGCUGCUGAAAAUAGUUUAGCGUAGGAGAUGGCUCCACCGAUUCCCGUUAUGGUUAAGAUCAACGAUUCCCCCGUUUAUCGAGUUGGAAGAAAACUGGGGGAAGGAGGGUUUGGCAAAGUGUACGCCGGUCGUAGAGACGACGCAACAGAUGAGAACAUAAAAACAGGUCCAGAUGCUGCUGAGUUUGCCUUGAAGUUUGAACGUCGAAGCAGCACAACCGUUAGAAAUGGAGUAUCUGAUGAAUGGAAUGUCUACGAAGUACUUGAGGGAUGUUAUGGGAUACCGCGUGUAUAUUUCAAAGGAACGCAAAGUGAAUACUGUAUUACGGUUAUGGAUAUGCUUGGCCCUAGUUUAUGGGAUCUCUGGAAGAGCCAAUCCGGCUUAAUGGACAAACAUAUGGUGAUCUGUAUUGCCAUUGAAGGGAUCUACAUUUUGAAAGAGUUUCACAGCAGAGGAUAUGUGCAUGGGGAUAUAAAGCCGGAUAAUUUUUGCCUUGGUCAAACAAACACACCUCAAGCAAAUAAACUAUUUCUGGUCGAUUUUGGAUUGGCUGCAAGAUGGCUUGAUAUUCGUACUAACAGUCACGUUGUUUAUGAUCAACAACCAUUUAGAUACAGAGGAACUAUGCGCUAUGCCAGCGUACAUGUUCAACUUGGAAGAACUCCUAGCCGUAGGGAUGAUUUAGAGUCCUUUGUUUAUAUGCUGAUUCUACUUCUCCAAGGUCGGCUUCCAUGGCAAGACCACAACGCCCCGGACCCGGUUGAACAUAAAGGCUUCAACGAGUGCAAAAUAAAGAGGGAAAUUUCUCUGGAUACUCUUUGUAGAACAUGUCCUAAACCUUUUAAACAGUUCGCCCAGAAUGUUUUUAGCUUGAAGUUUGAUGAGGAGCCUGAAUACACAAAAUAUAUAUCCCUCUUGAAUGUAUUAAUUAGUUCGAGUCCAGAUAUCGUCAGACCGAUCAAUAUCGAAACUGCUCAGACGUUGGGUGCCUCGACGACUGUACCUAGAGUGGGAGACAAGAGAGGAGCGAUCGAGAUGGACGAUAAUGAAGAUGAGCAACGAACGAAGAAGGUUCGGUCGGGCGUACCUGAAGCACAGUGGAUUAUUUUGUUCGAUGAUAGACCACCAAUGGAGCAAAGGUAUUUCUACGAUGUUGAAACUGUGAAUGUUGAUCAGCAUAUUGAGCAAGGAAAGAAGGAUGGCCUAUUUAUCAGCAAUGUAGCAUCUUGUUUGAACCUGUGGACCUUCAUUUUGGAUAAACAGACAGGCUUCACUGAUCAAGUUUAUUUAAUUUCGUCUACCUUCCUUGACAUGCACUGGAUUAUGAAACAGUGGGAUGAUAACUAUUACAUCACUGCACUGGCAGGGGCGGACGAUGGGGGCUCAUUCGUAGUUAUGUCUAAGGGGACUCCGUAUCUUGAACAAGAAUAUAGACUUAUGGAGUAUUUUCCGUACACGUGGAUUCAAAGGCAAUGGGACGCGGGCUUCAGUAUUACUUCCAUGGCCACUCAAGAAAACACAUGGGCGAUUAUUAUGUCGAAAGGAGCUGAAUUUUCGGAUCAAGUUGUGGAGCUAGACUUUCUUUACCCGAGUGAAGGUGUUCAUAAGAGAUGGGAAGCUUACUACUCUAUCACUUCAAUUGCAGCGACAAACGAUCAAACUGCCAUUAUUUUUAGUGCUCCCACACAGAAACCUUCUAAUACUAAUACACAGGGGAUACUUCGGUCACUUACUUUUCCAUAUCAACGUAUCGAGGAAUGUAGGAACAAUAAUCGUUAUGUCAUAUCUUUGUGCUAUGGAAGAUCCAACGUGUGACGAGGCGAGGCGAGGCUAGGCUUCAAAUAUAUUUUCUUUUAUAGUUACUCUAAUUACUGUGGUUCUCGUUUCUUGUAAUUAGUAUCGAACAGUAAUCACUUGAAGCUAGUCAGUCAUAAUAAUGUGCUUAAAGAAAUUUGUAUAGCAUAGAAUAGUAAUAUUCUCACUUGAAGCUAUGUUGAUGGUAUUGUGAUAAAUGCAAUCAGUUUUUUUCUUUUGCAAUGGAAAAUUACUGAAAUCUGUUUUUUGUUUGAUUAAUUAAUUAAUUAGAUUUUUCUGAUAGUUUAUAUUGUUGAAUUGAAAUGCAUGUAUGUAUUCUUCCGUACAAGUUACAGGGUUGAAUAACUAAUUAGACAGUGUGAAACUGAGUAACCCCGAUAAAUAGAUUUCUUAUCCAGUUGUGUAAUUAAAAAGCUUUAGUUUAUGAAAAAUUUCAAAGAAGAAUAAUUUUUUGAAUAUUAUGUUCUGUUAGACGAUAAAUAAUACAAAUUUAACAAAUAA